AAAGUCAGGUGCUUUGGCGUUGAGCGAGUUUAAUGGAAUUCGCCCCUCCUCGCGUCAAAGCGUGUCCCCAAUCCAAGAGACCCCAAUCCGAAUUCCUGCACCGCCAAGUUCGCUUUCUCUUCUUCUCUUGAAUUACGGCACGGGCUAUCGGUUUAAUCCUCCAGGAUGUCUCGACAAAAUCGGCAACAGCGCCGUAUCGUCGGCCCGCAAUCAGCUCUGACGGACUUUCUAGCGUCACACAACAUAUCUGCAAAUCAGAUCCGCUUGGACGCCGAAGCCCGGCGGAGAGCGGCGCAGAUUGACGACCAGCAAGGUGACGCGAAUACCCACAGCAACGGACAGUCUUCGGCUGCUUCCCCAGCUGCGUCUCCAGCGGUCGAUGCCAGCCCUGCACAGACCACCCGCGCAAGACGCAGCGCAGGGACGAGUCGGCGGGAGGAGGAGGCGCGGAAGAAGGAGCAGAAGGCUAUUGACAAGAUCAAAGCCAGCAAGAAGUUCCAGAAACGCAAGCGUGGACUCGCAGACUCCGAGGACGAGGAUGAUCUCGCCCGGCUGUUAAUGCAACGCUCCGCUCCGCUCCCCGGUCAGAUGGAAAAUUGUGAACUGUGCGGGACGCGAUUCACCGUCACCCCCUAUACCAGAAAUGGACCUAACGGCGGAUUGCUCUGCAAUCCAUGCGGCAAGGAACUUGCGAAAGAUGACGCGGCAGCGAAGAAGAAGGUGAAACGAGCGAGCGGCGGCGCGGUUGGCAAUCGCCGUCAGGUCCAGAGCAAAAUCUUGGACGGCACGUAUUCACUCGGCGCGAAGAGUCUGAUGACUCUCUGCAUUGAGACUCUUGCGAAGAACAUUGACCUCGCCGAAGACUUGGGCGAUUUGCCUCCGCAGAUUAUCGACAAGAUCGCCCGCAAGUUGUCCAAGCACCGUCUCCUUAACCCCACAACGCUCAGCCUGUUCUUGCAGCCAACGGCGGAGGAGGUCUGCGUAUACGAUGGUGCAAAGCUCGGAUCCGAUGACUUCAUCCGCAUCUUCCAAACCGUACCGGGUCUGAAGAAGCUGAAGAUCCGUAACGGGAUCCACUUCAGAGACGAGGUCCUGGACUACCUAAUCUCGCGCCACAUCCGGCUGGAGGAGUUCUACAUCCACGGGGCGAAUCUGCUGUCGGAAUCGAAGUGGAAGGAGUUUCUGCAACACAAGGGCGAUUCCCUCCGUUCUCUAUGUGUGUAUUGGACAGACAAGCACUUUGGCAAUGAGGUGCUUUCACUGCUCCAAACCACCUGCCCUUCCCUGACCCGGCUCAAGGUCUGCCACAAUCAGCAAGUCACGGACGUUGGCGUCGCCGCCCUCGGCAAUCUCAAAUCCCUUCGUCACCUCAGCCUCGACCUGCGCAACGAGAUCCACCCGGAUGUAUAUGUUGACCUCCUCAGCAAGAUCGGUGCCAACCUCGAAACCCUCUCGCUCGCCCGCGUGCACGGCGCCGACAACACUGUCCUGGACGCCAUCCACAGGCACUGCCGCUCGCUCGCCAAGCUGCGCAUCACCGACAGCGAGGAGAUGACGGACGCGGGCUUCGUGCGCCUGUUCAAGGACUGGGCCAACCCGGGGCUCGUCUUCGCCGACCUGCAGAAGUGCCGCCAGCUCGAUUCGGCCCACCCCCGGGAGAACCCGGACGGCAUCGGCUUAUGCUCCGGCGGCUUCCGCGCGCUGAUGGAGCAUUCGGGCAAGACACUCAAGCAUCUCAACGUGCACGGCUGCAGGCACAUUGAGGCGGCUGCGUUCGAGGAGGUGUUUGCGCCUGGGAAAGUCUACGACGCCAUGACGAAACUGGAGAUCAGCUUCUGCGAGGAGGUCACUGAUUUCGUGGUCGGCAGCAUCUUCAGGAGCUGUCCGAACUUGCGCGAGCUGAAUGUGUUUGGAUGUAUGAAGGUCAAGGACGUGCGGGUGCCGCGGGGGAAGAUCCUCGUUGGCGUGCCCAACGCAAAAGGGAUGGUUAUCGAGGGUGAUGAUGACGGCGAGGAGUAAGUUGGUGGGUGGGACAGGCAACAAGUCAAUGGAGGUAUGCAGUUUUUUUGAUGGUUUCUUGUGUGUAGUUUUGCAUGACCCGUGACGACCCUCUGAGCCGCACUUCUACGGUGUCUGGAGGAACGGGCACAGGGAUCCGGUCGCCAUGUUGUCAUGACUGGGUUUGCGGUUGGCACAUGGGUGGCUUUACAUGAUUUGGAGUCAGUUGUCAUGAGGGGACGGCUUCGUCGUCUAGGGACUCCUGCUGUUCUGUUCUUGACGGAAGAUACUCUCCCAAACGCAAUCUUCGAGCUAGGUCUGCUCUGGUGUUCACUGCGUUCUGGCAACGUACCCAAUACAACUACUGUACACGACCUGCCAGUCUACCAUCUCCGGUUACCUCGGCCUCAUGAGCCAUUUCACGGGCCUCGGUCGUUUCUAAGUGAGAGAAUGAGUACCCGUCGAGCAAAUCGAGAGUGGGCGAGAUUGAGUCAUCGAGGGGUAGGCAUGCAGGAGCUUGUGGCGUGAAUGUCUCCGUCAUGAUUGCCAGUCACCUCCCCCCC